AUGCUCAUUAUUGCUCACCUCAAUCACAAAAUCCUUAAUCGUAAAGUACAUAGCAUCAGAAGGGAGUCAGGCUAUUUUGCUGUCAUGGCUGAUCGUGAUGUUAGCUCAUAUGAGCAAUUUAGUAUAUGUGUUAGAUAUGUUGAUAAAACAAAAACACCAAAGGAAUCUUUUAUAUCUUUUCAAAAAGUUGAAGACUUAGAUGCAGAGUCAUUAACGAAGACAUUAAUAACAACCUUAAACAACAAUUCCAUAAAUGCAAUUUGCGUUGCUCAAGCAUAUGAUGGUGCAAGUGUUAUGAAAGGGCAUCUUGCAGGAGUCCAGGAAAGAUAUCGCCAAAAUCACAAAAUGGCUAUAUAUGUGCACUGCUAUGCGCAUAAACUCAACCUUGUACUGAUCUCUGCCUGCAAAUCAAUACCUCAAUCUAUAAAGUUUUUUAAUGUAUUAGAAGAUUCGGACAUAUCAACAGCAUUGGCUCUUAUUGAGUCUCUUAUCAGUUCUUUGUCAAAUUUAAGAAAUAAUUCGUAUUUUUCUUCAUUAUUUACCGAAUUAGAUGGUAUAAAAGCAGAGGAGAAAUGGGUAGAAUUUUUUCGUAAUAACAAUAAAUUCCCAUGCUUGAAAAAAUGCGAGUAUGUCUUCUCCUUACCUAAUUCUAAUGCCUCAUCCGAGCACAUUUGCCUGAUGAGGACUGCCUGGAAAAAGGAAAGAAAUCGGAUUGCUUUAACAACAUUAGAGGCCGAGUUUAUGGUUAAACAGAUAUAUAUUAUGUCAUGCCAGGAAUUUUAUAAAUAUCUCAACGACGGAAAUAUAUUAGAGAUAUUUGUCAUAGCUAGUUCUACCAAAGUCAAACUUAAUUUUACCCAUUUUUUCUUGCUCAACUUAGCUGUAUCAGAUCUAAGUGUGGGUAUUUUUUGUAUCCUGCCUAAUAUGUAUUACCAAAUCUGGAGAGUCUGGCAUUUUAACGAAUUAGUAUGUAAAAUUUACGCUUUUAUACACGGAACCAGUUAUACUUUAUCCGUGGUCCUAUUAAUGAUAAUUACGAUGGAGAGAUAUUUAGUUAUAGCUUGCCCCUUAUCAAUCAAGGUCAAAUUAUUUAAUUCCCACAAAUUGUAUACUAUCUUGAUUAUUUGGAUUAUUACGAUAAUCUACAAUAUACCUAAGCUAUUAUUCUUCCAACUCAGUUAUAUUCCUUUUUCGACAUCCUUAGGUAUGAAUUAUAAUAAUAUUUCUAAGUACUAUAGCAACCAUAUAAUUGUUUUGAAUGAUUCGCAAGAAAUAGUCGAUGAAGAUUAUGGACUAGUAGUUGAAAACUUAUAUAAUUCAGAAGGUGAAAAAAUAUGCAUAACUAAAAUGAAUUGGGAAUUAUAUGACAUAAUGAAUUUUAUAAUAUGGUAUAUGAUCCCAGUUGGUUUCAUGCUAGUUCUAUAUUCAAAAUUAGCAUAUAUACUAAGCAAGCCAUUAUUCUCCUGUCGCAACAAUAAGAAUAUAAGGGAAUACAAAUUUUAUAAAUUCAAUAAUAGGCGUUCAUAUAUCGGGCAGAAAAAAAGUAGGAUUCCAAUUCAAUCCCUCAAUCGAAUGAUUUUCAGGAAUGGCCAUAAAAGUUAUACUAAUUUUGAAAACUCGUCCAUUAAAUUGACACAUUUUAAAAAUAUGCAAGAAUUUCACGCCAAAAAUGAAAAAAAUAAAAUAGACACAAAUAUAUUUGAUAACCAAUCUUCGCGCUUGCUGAUUAAUGAAGGAUUAUCGUUGAAUACAAGAAGUAAGCAGAGCAUUGCAUCUAUUCAACAAACACACCAGAUAAAAACAAUGACCCAGCCGGAGAUGAGCUAAAGUUAGCCGAAGGCCAUCUAAGGUGAGGUUUAGGAGCCUCCCUCCUCAUACCUGAAUACGCCUAUGAAAUGAUUUAACUAUUACUUGAUAUUUCUAUUCUGGUUUAUUACGUUAUUCUUAUAAAAAAAUAGAUUUAUUGUCAAAUAGAUUUAAAUAAUAUUUUACAACUUAGAAUAAAAGGAUGCGAUUCAUGUUUUCUGGACAAUGUUUUGAUUUUUUUAAAAAUAAUUAAUGACAAUAGCAUUUGCAUUUUUUUGAUCUGUAAGUGGGCAGGGUAGUUCAAAGAAAAAAAAUCGGGUGCCCAAAAGAUUUUGUUUUCUCUGCUGGUGACCUAUCCUAGUUAUACCAGUUGGUUAUAACUAAAAGAUCAUAAAUAGGUUAAAAAAAAAUU